AUGCCUCUUGCCGAUGGCAUGCAGGUGGUGAGAUGGAAUUUGGUCGUCUCCGUUCUUGCGCUGGGCAUCUCCUUUGUCGCGGUGAAUGUGUACUUGACGGCAGAGCACAAGCUCUCCUUUGAAGAGCCUGAGGCACGUGUGCCGUACUUUGCCAGAGCUUCCGGGGUGCAUCUUGUGACCCUGCCGUCUCCCCUAAACGACCUCACGCUGCUUGCGGCAAACCCCUUCGGGGCGGCUGACGUGGCCCAUAAAAUGAUGCGCUUCUUUACAAAAAAUGUGACAACGGCCUGCUCAGGCGGAAAAAAUGGUUCAACAGGAUUCCGCAGCGAGAGUGUGAUCAUGGCGGAGCUGCUGAGUUCCGCCCCCGCGUCCCCUGGUGGGGUGGCAAAGCUGCUUCAUCUCUGCUCAGCCAACUCCUGCGUCGGGCCGUACCUCUCGCAGCUCCACGUGAGGCGGGCAAAAAAAGUGCUUGGGCGUUCGAUAGAUGUGCAUGCUCUGGUAUACGGCGAUGCCCUCGUGGGGCGCACCGUGGAAGGGGACCUUGCAAAACGUGGUGUGUUGAUCCCUACGCAUAAUUAUUUGCCAAUCGGCGAAUCUGCCAUGCCGCUUCAAGGCGUUAUUAGUGAGGCGAACUCCACAAACACAGUGGAGGCAACCUGCUUGGUGAAGGAGAAUAGAUGUCAGUAUAGGAUAUGGGAUAAAGACACCCCGCCGCAGCUUUCCGCACAGCUGCUACCAUUUCAUUUGGUAAGCUUUGGCAAUUUACCCCUUUCAAAGACACUUUUCGAUGUGGUUCACAUUGAUGUCAACUCGGAUGAGACACUUGCUGUUAUUUGCUUUCUCAGAGGCGUGCUCGCUUCAGUUUCGCGUCCGGCGCAUAUUUAUUUGGCAGUGUACCCGUCAACGCUCCUUGAGCAUCUCUUAAUUUUGGUGGAUGACCUUCGUGAGAAAGCGCACUACAAUGUGUCUUUGACAGGCGGACGUUGCUUGGCCUCCUGUGCCACCUCUGCCGUGUCCUCCGUUGAACCCCUUCGCAAACUGCUACGAGUUGAGAGUCCACAGACUCUGUCAAGGCCAAAUUUGCGUGGAUAUGCUAUGGAACCUCUUUGUAUGCUGUUUCUCUCGCAGGUGUUUGAUUCCUUGCCGCAGCUGAUGAAGCACGCCUCACCCAUUGAGAAGGAGCGUGCCAUGGCAACCUUUCUGUUUGAGUCUCAGGCGGGUAGUGGGCCCACUGUCGCCAAGCCAGAUACCAGUGGGAUGUGGGGUGUCUUGAACUACUUGCUGCUCGCGGUGCCUUUUGUCGUUGUAGGAUUAUUGAUUUGGGGCCUUGUCAGAGGGCAGUAUCGGCUGCGUGUCGUGAAGAAAACUGCGCGCUAG